AGGGGCAGGCUGAGGAAUUGCAAGCGGGCUCAGCCGGAUGGUGCCGCGCGGGCGAGAGGAGGCAGGCGGGGAUCCGGCGGGAGUUUCUAACUCCGGCUCGUCCUCGGAAGGCUUCCCUGAGCCGCUCCACGCGGCUUUCCCCUUCUCUGGUCGCUGCAUCUGAUCCACGGAGUUUCCAUAGAAGUGGGAGCCAGAGUUGGAGGCGCACUUAUAAUUCCAAAUCCUCUGCUUUUAUUUCUUCAUGGUCUUUGUGCAUCUGCAUGUCUGAAGCUCUUGACAUGGGGGACAUGAAACUGGUGACAUCUACUAGGAUCUCCAAAGCCAGCUUAACGCUAGACCACUCCUCUUUAAGAUCUCCUGCUCUAACAGAAGCACCAGCAUUUACUCUACCUCCCAGAAAUACCCGGGUGCCACUCGGAGGCACAGCCAGAUUUGAAGGAAAGGUCAGAGGCAACCCAGAACCUCGGAUCACAUGGUACAAAAAUGGACAUCUCAUGACCAGAGGAGAGCGCUGGCUAAUGGACUGUAGCAUUCGCGGGAUUUUCAGUUUGGUGAUCAAAAGAGUGCAGGAGGAUGACUGUGGUCCAUAUACAUGCGAGGCCACAAAUGAUGGUGGUGUUUGCCAGGUUGCUGUGGAGUUAACAGUGGAAGAAAAUGUUUCAAAGAAGUCCAGCCUUCCUUUUGCUGCCAAGAGUUCUGGUGGCAGACUUCCUGUUCCACCCGUGGAGCAACGGCCAAGCAUCUGGAGUGAAUGUCCACCCAAAUUUGCUACGAAACCCAACCGUGUCAUUGUACGAGAGGGACAGACUGGUAAAUUCUCCUGUAAGAUAACAGGGCGGCCUCAGCCUCAAGUCACUUGGUCCAAGGGUGAUAUGCAGGUGCAGCAAAAUGAUCGUUUCCAUGUGUUUGAGAAAGGAGGCAUCCAGUUUUUGGAAAUCGAGAAUGUUCAGCUGACUGAUGCUGGAAUUUACACAUGCACUGUGAUGAAUGCUGCUGGGAAGGCUUCUGUGUUGGCAGAGCUGAUGGUUCAAGGUUCUGAUAAGAGAGAGGUGUGCAGUCAUCCCCUGCGCACAUCAACUAAAUCAAGUGUUACAACCGAAGCUGUUGAAACAUCAGCAUUCAGGAAGGCCACUAGCAAUGGGUUUGCUAAAAACCUCAAAUCCACUACCACAGAACUCUUGCUUGAGCCCAAAUACAGGGCAUCUGUGAAGAAAGAGACUUCCCUCAUUUCUUCUGAAGAAACCAAACAGAGUAGUUUAGAACGGACAAAGGAACCCAAUGCACAGCCACCCAAAGAAGAAAUGAGGGGCUACCGAGUUCUGCAGAAAAUAUCAAGCACCAUAACCCUACAACCUAGAAAAAUAUCAACAGAACCAAGCACAACUUCCUUGAGAUGGGAAGAAGAUGGGAAAAAACCAAAACAAUCUAUGACAACUGGUUGGCAAGCUCCUUCUACCAUGAGACUGGUUAGUUUGAGGACUAAGGAACUGGAAGACAAUGUUGAAUUAAAGAAAAGUACAGCAGAAUUAAAGAGGGAACCUCAGAAACUACCUCCCCAAUUUGAGAGUGGCCCAGAAAGCCUAGAAAUACUAGAAGGAGAAGAAGUGACAUUCAAAUGCAAAGUUUCAGGGAAGCCCAAGGCAAAUGUGGAAUGGUUCAAAGAGGGAGCCCAACUGGAAGCAGGAGACAGAGUUCAGAUAUAUGAAGAAGACGGGAUCCACUGUUUGUGCCUGAAAAAAACCAUCUUGGAAAACAGUGGGUCUUACUGUUGCACAGCCUCAAAUGUUAGAGGUCAGGCUUCAACCAAGUGGAUAUUAACUGUAACCCGACCUAAAGUGAAGGAGGUUGCUCCGCACUUUUCCAGUGAAAUAAAACCCAGCAGUGUAUGCGAAGGGCAGGAUUUUGUGCUUCAGUGCUCAGUUGAAGGAACACCUGUGCCUCAGAUUACUUGGCUCCUCAAAGAUCGACCAAUUGAUUAUGGUCAUUCCAGUUUUGAAAAUGGAAUUGCAAAGCUGACCGUUCAAGAUGCCUUACCAGAAGACGAUGGUGUUUAUACUUGUCUGGCCGAAAACAGAGCUGGAAUGGCAUCUUGCAGUGCUCAGGUUACUGUCAAAGCAGAAAAGAAGAGCAGAAAGAAAUCGGAAUGGGCUCUUCCUUCUCCAGCCAGCACAACCUUCCCUCCAGUUUUCCUUAAAGGUUUAACUGAUCUCAAGGUGAUGGAUGGUAGCCAAGUGAUUAUGACAGUAGAAGUUUCAGCUGACCCGCCUCCAGAAAUAAUUUGGCUACACAAUGGGAAAGAAAUCCAGGAAACAGAGGACUUUCAUUUUGAGAAAAAAGGCAAUGAAUACAGCCUGCAUAUCCAAGAGGUAUUCCCUGAAGAUACGGGGAAGUAUACCUGUGAGGCCUGGAAUGACUUAGGAGAAGCUCGGACCCAAGCGACAUUGACUGUACAAGAACCUCAGGAUGGCAUUCAGCCGUGGUUCAUUAGCAAGCCUAGAUCAGUGACUGCAGUUGUUGGGCAGAGCAUCCUUAUUUCUUGUGCCAUUGCUGGAGAUCCUUUCCCUACAGUACACUGGUUCAAAGAGGGGCAGGAAGUGACCCCAGGAGCAGGCUGGGAAUUUCUACAGAAUGAAGACAUCUUCACGUUGGUUAUAAGGAAUGUGCAGCCUGGCCAUGCUGGGCAGUAUGAAAUACAACUCAAAAACCCAGUUGGAGAAUGCAGCUGUCAGUUGUCUUUGAUGCUAAGAGAAACUACGAUUGCCAGAGGAGAAAUAUUCGGAGAUGGAAGGCAGACAGAACGAAGAGAUGCUAAUGAUCAUAAUACACUAACAUUCAGGAGCACUGGUGGCUUCAGGAGUACUGGAGAAGCCCAGCAAGUUGACGGAGAGCAGGAGGACGUCCGAGGGGUUCUCAAAAGGCGAGUGGAAACCCGAGAGAGCACAGAGGAAAAACUGAGACAACAGGAAGCUGUCCAGAUUGACUUCCGUGACAUUUUGGCAAAGAAAGUCAGCACCAAAAGCUUUUCUGAGGAGGAGCUGAAGGAAACUGCAGCUGAACAAAUGGACUUCCGUGCUAACCUGCAGCGGCAGGUCAAACCCAAGACCUUGUCAGAAGAGGAAAGGAAGGUCCAUAGUCCUCAGCAGGUGGACUUCCGUGCAGUGUUGGCUAAGAAGGGUACACCCAAACCACCUGAGUCAGAAAAGGCAUCAGCCUCUAAGCCAACCACACCGGAUUUUAGAUCUGUUCUUGGUACAAAGAAAAAAGGACCAACUGAAAAUGGUGGCCCCAGUGCCCAAGCCCAGAAUACCAACUCCAGCUUCAAAGUGGAAAAACCCAGCACCAAGCCAAAAGUACCAGAUUCCAGCACUGAUGCUAAGACACUGGAUAACAACACCACAAGCACAAAGACACCAAAUUCCAGCAUGACUGCGGAAACUAAGAAUGCUAACUCAAAAUUUAAAAUGCAGAGUGCUAGCACCAACUCUGAAGCCCAGACUGCUAAUGCCAGCGCUGAAGUGGUGAAUUCCAAACCAGUGGAGAAAGAGGAUAAGAAUGAUAUUAACUGUGAAGAUUGCCCGGCAGUAGAUAGAGGGAUAACUGAAGAAAAAGUUGAGGAUAACGAAGCAGAGCCUAAUAGAGCAGCUCCGUCAUUUACAGAAAAGCUAAAGGAUAUCCAUGUAACGGAGGGUGAAAAAUUAGUCUUGCAGUGCUGUGUUUCUGCAGAUCCACCUGCUGCUGUCACCUGGACUCUAGAUGGAAAAGUCAUCAAAUCGUCAAAAUUCAUUCUCCUCUCCCAAGAAGGAUCUUUGUGUUCCUUAACCAUUGACAAGGUAUUUCCUGAAGACGAGGGUCAGUAUAAAUGCACAGCUGAGAAUGCUGCAGGAAGAGCAGCAAGUGCUUGCAGUGUAUUGGUGGAAGAGAUCUUAAAGCCGACUGAAAAGAAGAGCAAAAAGCCAAAGAGUUCCAUUCCUCCUGUGCUUGCAACAGAGAGUGAGGCAACAGUGAAGAAGAAACCAGCUCCAAAGACCCCACCCAAAGCAGGUCUUCCCCCUCAGAUUGUUCAGUUUCCAGAAGACCAAAAAGUUCGGGCUGGAGAAUCAGUGGAGCUAUUAUGCAGAGUCACUGGGACUGCACCAUUGACAUGUACCUGGAUGAAAUUCCGGAAGCAGAUCCAAGAGAAUGAGCACAUCAAAAUAGAGAAUGCUGAGAACAGCAGUAAGCUAACCAUUACCUCCACAAAGCAGGAACACUGCGGAUGUUACACAUUGGUGGUGGAAAACAAACAGGGCAGCAGACAAGCCCAGGUUAACCUUACCAUUGUAGAUAAACCUGACCCCCCAGCAAGAAGGCCUUGUGCAUCAGAUAUUAGGAGUUCUUCGCUUACCAUUUCUUGGUAUGGCUCUUCUUAUGAUGGUGGAAGUGCAGUGCAGGCUUACACUGUGGAAAUCUGGAAUACAGUGGACAAGAAAUGGACAGACCUCACAACAUGCCGUAGCACUUCGUACAACGUCCAGGAUCUGCUAGCUGACAGAGAGUACAAAUUCCGGGUGCGAGCUGCUAACGUCUAUGGCAUAAGUGAGCCAAGCCAAGAAUCGGAGUUGGUAAAAGUAGGAGACAAAAAAGAAGGCAAGUUUCUGCCACAGGAGGAGGAAGUUGAAGGGUCUGAUGCGGAAGAAAAAGAAACUGAAGUUGACUAUCGGACAGUGACAAUUAACACAGAGCGAAAAGUUUCAGAGUUCUAUGAUGUUGAAGAAAGACUGGGAUCUGGAAAAUUUGGACAAGUCUUCAGGCUUGUUGAGAAGAAAACCAGAAAAGUUUGGGCAGGGAAAUUUUUUAAAGCGUAUUCCGCUAAGGAUAAAGAAAACAUAAGGCAAGAGAUCAGCAUCAUGAAUUGCCUGCAUCAUCCCAAACUCGUCCAGUGUGUAGAUGCCUUUGAAGAGAAAGCUAACAUUGUCAUGGUCUUGGAACUAGUUUCUGGAGGGGAACUUUUUGAGAGAAUCAUUGACGAGGACUUUGAAUUAACAGAGCGAGAAUGUAUUAAGUAUAUGAAGCAAAUCUCAGAAGGCGUACAGUACAUUCAUAAGCAGGGCAUCGUACAUUUGGAUUUGAAGCCGGAGAACAUCAUGUGUGUCAACAAGACUGGUACAAAAAUCAAGCUGAUAGACUUUGGACUUGCUCGAAGAUUAGAAAGCGCAGGUUCCUUGAAAGUCCUCUUUGGAACACCGGAAUUUGUUGCUCCAGAAGUUAUAAACUAUGAGCCUAUUGGAUAUGCAACAGACAUGUGGAGCAUAGGAGUUAUCUGCUAUAUUUUGGUCAGUGGACUUUCUCCUUUCAUGGGUGACAACGACAACGAAACCUUAGCCAAUGUUACUUCCGCCACCUGGGAUUUUGAUGAUGAAGCUUUUGAUGAGAUCUCAGAUGAUGCCAAAGACUUCAUCAGUAACCUUCUAAAGAAAGACAUGAAGGACCGCUUGGAUUGCACACGAUGCCUUCAGCAUCCUUGGCUACAAAAAGACACCAAACACAUGGAAGCGAAACAGUUGUCCAAAGAUAGGAUGAAAAAGUAUAUGGCUAGAAGAAAAUGGCAGAAAACAGGCAAUGCUGUCCGUGCCAUAGGAAGACUAUCCUCUAUGGCAAUGAUUUCUGGCCUAAGUGGAAGAAAAUCCUCUUCAAGCUCACCAACCAGCCCUAUUAAUGCAGAAAAGAUAGAAGCUGAAGACGAAACUGCUAACAUUCUCCUGGAAGCUGUGGAUGAAGAAAAACCUCAUAUGAAGCCAUAUUUCUCUAAAACAAUUCAAGAUAUAGAAGUUGUGGAAGGCAGUGCCGCUAGAUUUGACUGCAAAAUUGAAGGCUACCCUGACCCUGAGGCGAUUUGGUACAAAGAUGACCAGUCUAUCAAAGAGUCCCGGCACUUCCAGAUAGACUAUGAUGAAGAUGGAAACUGCUCUUUAACUAUUUCAGAAGUAUGCGGGGAUGAUGAUGCCAAAUACACCUGCAAGGCAGUCAACAGUCUUGGGGAAGUCACCUGCACUGCAGAGCUCCUUGUAGAAACAAUGGGGAAGGAAGAAGAGGAGGAGGAAGAGGAAGAAGAAGAAUAAAGGAAAAUUUAAAUGCGGGAUUUGAAAAAUCAUCUGGUAAAAGACUUUCUGUAAGGCUCACGCAGCAUGGCAUUAGUUCAUGGAUUUUUGGUUUGUCUUCAUCAGCACAAUCAGCUGAUAUAUAUAUUUUUUUAAUUUAUGGGCAUUAACUUGAAUUAACAAGCACUUUGGGUGGUUACUGUGCUUGGAUUUAAUUUAAGUUAAAGCAUCAAUUGCAGAGGCCAAACAAUAAGCAUGAACACGCCUAAUAUGGAAUAUACCAUUUCAACCUGUCAGUCUUUGCUGAGCUCACUCAUAAAGUGAGGGGGAGUGAACAGCUGUAGUAAUUGUUCUGAUAACCCGUAUGACAACCAUGGAGAAUUUGCAGCACCUAGGAUGCAAUCCUCCACAUCUGUGCAUUAUGCAAUUCUCACUGACACUGAUGAAAGUAGUGGCGAUUGCAUGAAUGCAGGAGUAUUUUGAGAACUUGGGCACAGCCCAUCAGAAGGAUCUCCUGCAAAACCCCCUUUGAAAAGAAUAUAAGCUAUCAUGAGCACCUUAGGUCGUUUGCACAACAUCCUCCUGGUGAAUUGUGUCUUCAGAAUCUAAUUUACAUCUCUUGUCAAGCAGCAAGUAACUAUCUGCAUACACGUUCAGGCAUAUUCUCAAGACAAUUCAAUAUCUGUGAGGCUUGCUAUUUUCAUAUUUAAAGCAUUCUUCUUAGUUUUCUCUCUGAACAUUAUGACGUGUAGAUUUAAAACAGAGUACCUAGGUUUACGCAGAUAUAGUUAUCAUUGGGGUAAAGGAAACAUCUAGCUUAAAACUAAGCAUUCCAACAGGACUUCUUUGAGGACCAUAACCAGUUGCCUACAUUUUUUUUUUGCGAUAGCUUGGUAGCGGUUCUUUCCUUCUGCGCUCUAAUCAAAUGAGUCUUAUUCAUUUUUGCCUGUGGCAGCAACAGCAAAAAGCCUCUGUUACCUAGGACUUCACAAGCAACUGAAAAUCUAAAAUAUGCCCUAUGCUGGAUGUGGCAGAAUCUGAAUCCUGGACAUGCCGGUGGUCUGUCAUAUCCUAAGCUAUCAUUGGCUGACACGAUAUAGGCUACUGUUACCUCUCCCAGCUGCUUUGGACAGAAAUGUCAUGAAAUUCUUCCCUAAUCUAUUUUACCUGAUUACUGAUUCUUUUCCCUUUUGGGGGGGAAACAAAGCUUGAAUGUGGACAGCAAGCUUUGUAACUUUGCUUGUCAGAACAAAAUAAAAGGGGGUUGUUACUUAGCAUACACAGUAACAUCGGUGGUUCUGUGCUUAUGCACUGCAGCUCAGGUUUAAAGCCCAUUUGUGAAUUAUUUCCCUUUUCCAUAGAUUAAACUCUGCUGAUGAUUAGCUGAAAACUGGAGUAGGCAAGGAAAGGGAGCCUAGAUUAAGAGAUGCUCUGCAUCUUUCAAGGAGCCAGAGUUUAACUCAAUAUCCGUGAGGCUAAAGCCUUAAAAUUUUUUAAAAACCAUGAUCAAUGAUGAAAGGUAAUCUCUUCCCAUUGCUGAUUAACAUAUUCAGAUUAUCAAUUUUGCUUUUCUUUCACAAUUAGCAGCAGUUCAGAGGCCAUAAAAUGAUAUGCAUAGUGAAAUCACAGUAUACUAUCUGCACAUUGUUCCAGUUGUGUGGCUUUUCCCACUCCGUGUGUAAACUACAAAUUUUCUGAAUUUAAUGUUUAAUUCUCUGAAGAACGCACACAACAAAGCUUUAGCUCCUCAAGGGGGGGAUAUAAGUGUAUCUUAAUACAGAUUUAUACAGUAUCAUCUUUAGAUUGGUUUAUACUUCAUAAUCUUAUGUGUUCUACAUUACUCGCUUGUCUGUCUGUUUGAAAGGAGAAAUUCAAAAGUCCAUGUAUGAAGUUCACUCACAGUUGUUGUGGGUUUUUAUAACUGCUUUUGCUGUUUCUUGCUAGGUUGAAGUUUCCAGCACGUCUUCUCCUUCCUACGCAGAUAAAGAACUUUUGUUAUUGUAAAACACAAUCGAGCGGCCACAGAUUAUUAAAAGAAAACAUUUUAGUAUGAUUUAGUGCAUACAGAGCAUUUCCAUGCAUGUUUUAAAUGUGUUAAGAAAAUGAUGGGGUGUAUUUUUUUUUGUAUACCUUAAUUAAAAAUAUACUGAUGUUUUUCUGGUUUCUUGAACCAUAAGAAUUGCAAGAUAUGAGAACACUACAGCUGUAGUUACUCACGAUUUCUCAAUAAAGAAAUACCACAAAGCACCGUAACACAA